CCUGCGCCACAAACCUGUAUCUAUUUCUGGACUGUAAUAUUUAUCAUUUUCACCUUACCAAUAAACUGAGUUACUUGCAGAUUGUUUCCGAGUCUCUGUCAUGACAGUUACUAGCUGCCUCAGUGCAACAUUAUAUGUUGGCAAUGGAACUAUAAUAACGGCUAAGAGUUGUGCUUUACCAAAUGGCUGUCCAAGUGGAUCCAUCAACCUUGGCAUUGGAAAGAUCACUUCUACCUGCUGUAACACGAAUCUCUGUAACUCCCUAGAUGCUCCAGAUCCCGCUAUUGUCCCCAAUGGAAAGAAAUGUUACUAUUGUGAUGGACAGAGCUGCUCAAACACACUGAGCUGUUCAGGGAGUGAAGAAAGCUGCUUUGCGGCAACAGGGAAAUUCGAAAGCCAGCCAAUAGCUGUAAAAGGCUGUGUCUCUGCAUCUAUUUGUAAUUUUGUCUCAAUAAUUGGUGCAUUUGUUGAUGGCGUGUCAUGUUGUUCAGGGAACUUGUGUAACAGUGCUAAAAGUGUCACUCAGAGCUUCCUGUUCCUCUGCUGUUCUCUGCUCUCCUUCAUCCUGCUGCACUGAAUCCAGCAGCUCUUCACAUUCUGUAGAUGCAGUAAAGACACAAUAUGAUGUGCUUUACAAACAAAUAGCUUGUAAUCCUACAAAUAGGUAAUCCUCUGUACUGUCUUUGAUUUGGUGUGAUGAAUUAAAAAAUAUAUGCUACCGGCAAUUGAAAUUUAUUUAUUGUCUACACAAAAUUUGAUGUUUGAAAUGAAUUACUUUAUAUUUUCUGAACAUUUACUCAACUCAUUCCUGUCAGAAACUGCAGAAGGAUGUUCAACUAAAUCCAUCUGUGAUAUUAGAUCUCACCUUUGCAGCUUCAUGUAUUUUGCUAAACUGCAUAAUUGUUUGUUUAAUGUGCUUUUAUGCUCUUGCGGUAAAAGAGGUUAAAGGUGGUGAACCUGUAACUCAAGGCUACAUAAGGGGCUAAUGGUGCACAAUGUCUUCACCAUGCAAUGCAGACUUUCUCAUUGUGCUCAACACCCAU